CCAGCCAAUGUCACUGCCACUCAACACAACAUGUGAAAUGAACCCAAUGCACCCGUUUGAUUGAAUCAUGGAACCCAAAGUCCCCAUCAAUGCAACCUGAGCCCCUUCUCUGAAAGAUCGCCGUGCCCUGCCCCGCGAUUUUGAGGAUGAACACACCAGCCGCCAAGCGCAGGCGCGUCGACGCCGCCAACGCAACCUUCAGAAAGCCGUUUCACUCGCCGCUGCUUAAGAGGCAGCCAGGCGCGGGGGACAAUGGCACGCCAGGGCCCAGCACGACGCCGGAAACAAACAGCAACAAGCGGUCGUUCGACGAGGUCUACUCGCCAAGCUCACCCUCGGUCGCCAGACAGCAGCCCCAAGCAGCAAGCCCGCUGAACAGACCCGGCCAUGGCCGACCCACCGAGUCAUCCCCAAAGCCGUCCUCCCCCUUGGUUGCGCGAAAGGAGAAACGUGUGAAAGAGCGCAGGGCUGCCGGCCCAGGUGACGAAGACGAUGACAAAGACGACAACCCAUUCCUCGCGCUCGCGAGGGCCCACAGGACUCGGAAGGCUGCGGCUGAGCGGGAUGCCAUCGUGAAGGACCUGGACCGGCGGCUGGACCUGGUGAGGCAGGCUCGGGAGAUCGAGGCCGCGUCGGAGCGGAGACGCCCCGGGGAGCCGGUGGACCAGGAGCUGAGGGAUCUUGUGGCCAGGUGGAGGGCCGCGGGGAGGGCUGCUGCCGAGGAGCUUUUUGAGACUGUGAAGGAGAGGGUUGAUAACGCUGGGGGCCCCAAGGCAUGGAGGGAGAUGCAGCAGAGGCAGAUGGAGUUCUACCGGGGCUUUGACCAGGAUCCACCUGCUAAAUCGAGAGACUCUGACGAGGACUCUGACCGCGAGUUCUCUCAGGAUGUCCAAGCCCACCUGGAGGGGGUCGGGGAGGAGGAGGAGGAGGAUGAAACUGACUUCAACAUGGGUCACAUGCUCCAAAGCUUGAAUAUAGACUUUUCGCUUCUGGGAUACGACGAGAAAGAAGACAAAUGGAUCAAUUAAAUUCGAACGUCUCCGUCUGCCUAUCACUACGUUGUGCGAUACUGUCACACAGUUCGCUGGUCAUGACAUUACUUAUAGUAGUGCAGGUGGAUCUCCGUAUCGCUCCAUAGUCACCUACAUCUGUGAGAGACUUGGAGUCACUCAGGAAGUCGAUCUCGACAGGAUCGUGAGCCCCUGAAGGCCCCUUGGUACCGCUUGCACUCCUCCACAUCCCUCACCCUAGGGGACCAAACCCGCGAGGUAGACUCCCAACGCAGAGACUACGGGGUCUGGCAGUGACAAGCACAUACAAGUAAGUUUUCCGUCUUGAGAAUGAAUGCUACUCAAUAGGAUUUCAAGUGGGGUACAGCUGUCGACCUGAUGCUACUUUUCUCCCUCCAUCAACUCAGUCUCAGACGUCUGCGGUACAUGAUGAAAGACGACAUCUGGGGCAGCUCCUAGAAAUAACCAAAUAAUAAACAUGACCUCCAUUGUGUCCAAAACGCCAGCCGACAAUAUCUUCAUUCCUUUGCACUCAAAACACUGCCGUGAGCCCUACUCGACAUCAACAACGACCUCCCUCCCAGCCCCAGCAGCAACAAACAACAGCCCAGCCCGGACGGCCCCCUUCCAGACCUCAAGCUCAGCCUCGUCCCUCGGCGCGUAGACCAUCACAUACCCGAGCGGCAGCCCGGCGACCCCGCUGAGCCGGUGCCGCUCCGCCCAGCCCUUGCGCGUGAGCUCCUCCGCGUCCGCGAGGCUGACGGUGACGUGCGAGCUCGCCUCGGGGUGCACGUGGGCCAGCUCCCCCCGCGUGGCCCACAGGUACCCCGGCGGCGCGGGUACCGCCGGGUCCAGCCACAGCGCGGGCGUGCCGGCGCCCUCGAGCCCGGACGGCCGGAGCUCCAGCACGCCGUGGUUCCGCGCCGCCAGCUGCCCCAGGAACGCCGUCAUGCGCGCCCGCGUGUCGGCCCCGCCCUGCUGCGUGACCUGCCGCUGCGGCGCCACGUACCCGGGGACGUCGGGCCUGUCGCCCGCCCGCCGCGGGAGGGGGCCCGCCGCCGCCGCCAGGAACGGCGUGGUGCCGUGCGGCUCGUAGGCCUUCUGGUUGCGGGGCCUGCGGAAGGGAUCCGCGCUCCGCGUGUCCCAGCUCGCGAUGAGCUGCAGCAGGCCCUGCAUCGCCCAGCCGAGCGGGUUGUAGGGCAUGCCCCCCGGCCCGAGGGCCAGGUAGCCCCUGUAGCUCUUGAGGGCGUAUGAGGCCGUCGGGACCGACACGGCGAGGGCUACCGCGAGGGCUGUCAUGGUGCGAGGGUUGUUCUGCAGCUGUUGGGGGAUGGCGAUGUUGUGGCUGCUGAGGCGGGAUGCGAGGGCCGAGAUGCUGUUGGACGCCAUGAUGGCUGUUUUUUGCAUGUGACUCCUGGUGAUGUUGAUCACCACGAAGAAGAAAGGCCUUUCUUUGGCUGACAGGCGAUUCUGGGUAUAAUACUAAAGUGCCGGCAGAGCUGCAGGGCUGCGUGAUGUUUCAAUGGGCUAUUUGAAGGGCGCUGACAGGUUCGGGUCAUGUAACUUGGACCUUACUAAGUCAAUCCUUUGGUCUG